AUGUCUUCGUCGAAGGAAAUACGUUGGGGCAUUAUGGCCACCGGAUGGAUCGCGCAGACCUUCGUCAAAGACCUCCUUGUCGACCCGACCACACGUAAUGUCAAGGACAUCUCUCAUGUCGUUACCGCAGUCGCAUCCUCCUCGUCUCUGUCCUCCGCGGAGAAGUUCGUUUCCAAGUUCGUUUCCGCAUCUCAGUCGACAAAAUGUACCCCUUACGGCUCCUACGAAGAACUCGUGAAAGAUCCGUCUGUGGACAUCAUCUACAUUGGCUCACCACACUCUCACCACUACCAAAACGCCAUGCUCUGUCUCUCCCACAAUAAACCUGUCCUUUGCGAGAAAGCCCUCACAGUCAACGCCGCGCAAGCUAAGAUCCUAUACAAGACCGCGAAAGAGAAGAACCUCUUCUUCAUGGAGGCUGUUUGGACUCGCUACUUCCCCAUCAGUCAGUCGAUCAGGAAACACAUCACGGACAAUGACAUUGGCGAAGUAAUCCGAGUUAUUUCAGAUUUAAGUAUUGGUGUGGUACCCGAGAAAGAGUUCGAUCUGGGCCACCGUAUGGUGAACCUUGAUCUAGCCGGUGGGGCUCUUCUCGACUUGGGUAUUUAUGCUCUUACCUGGGUUUUCCAAACAAUGUACCAUACAUUGCCUCCCCAGCUCCGGGAUCAGUCUCGCCCCAAAGUGGUGGGGGCAGCGAUGACUCCCGAACCACGUACUGGCGCCGAUGAAUCCACACUGAUGCUCCUUGAAUUUCCCAAAUCGACUCCUACGGGGAAGACCAAAGCCCACGCCGUGGCUACCACCGCUAUGCGCGUCAGCGACGAUCCGGCACGAGGACACGAAGGGAAAGGAGAUGUGGAAACUCCUGCAGUACGCAUAGAAGGCGAAAAAGGCGAAAUCCAAGUGUAUGGCCCAAUAUAUCGACCGAUGCGGUAUCGACUGGUACCGAAGGACAAAAAUGCGGAGAUCCUCGAUCGGAAAUUUGAGUUCGAGGGAGGGUGCCACGGUAUGAUGCACGAAGCCGACGCUGCCGCCCGCUGUCUAGUUGCUGGAAAACUGGAAUCCGACACCUUACCGUGGGCGGAAUCCACGCUGAUUAUGGAAAUCAUGGAUGAAGCGAGGAAGCAGGGUGGCUUGGUGUAUCCAGAUGCGAUCGAGACAACAGACUAUCCCGUGAAAUUGACAGCCAAGGUGUAG